AUGACCCCUUUUCGUGUGACGUUCUUUGAAGACUCUUUCUUCCAUCAAGGGCUUGUGACACCACUUCAAAUCGGUCAGAAAAACAUACUCCGGCCAUUGAAUGCGAGUGCCGUAGAACUGUGGGUUGCUGGUCCCUGGCGUAAGUUGUCAAAUUUGGUAGUUGCCGGAUACCGAAACAGACGAGGGAGUUGUUUGUUUAUGACGGGGUCACGCUGGCAGUUGGAAAAAACCAGUAAAUUCGAGAAACUCGACACAAACACAUCACGCAUCGGUCGAUCAACAAACAUCAUCGAACACUCGGACAUCGGUAGCACUUUGGUAAAAGUGCGAAUUGAACACGGAGAAACACUUGCCGAGCCAUCCGGAAACAUGAUCUAG